UUUAAUACCGGAUGCCAUCGUUCGAUCUUACUAAAUAUGUAAUUUUUUUUUGCUUUCUAUUCCUAUGUUUUAAAAGAAGCUAUAUCUUAAAAAAAAAGUUACAUAUGCACACUUCGAUUAGCAUUUUAAAAACUUUGAGUUUGAAUUGUAGUUUCUUGAUUAUGAUUUUCUUUUUCUUGGUCAGCAUCAACCGUUACUCUCAAAGGUAAUUUAAUUUCUUUCGUUUCUUGCACUUAUUUCCCAUUUCAUUUUCCUACAUUCUAAAAUAGAGGUCAUGAUAACCAAAAUAUAAAAUAUUUCCAAAACAAAAAUCAAAAGCUUGAUUGAGAAGGGGAUGAUGACGUGGCCGGCUGGAUCUCCACCCUCACAGACGACGACGCCGGUUUACACUGUGCAGAGCCCACAGAACACAGACGUCGAAAAGAUAUCGACCGUUUCAGGUUUUAGCCCAUACGGAUCACCCAUGAACCGUCAGGGCCACGUCAGCCACUACCACCAUGACUCUGCGGCCGAGUCAUCUUCGACUCCACGGUUCUCUGGCCCAUUGAGAAACGAGUACAGAAGUGUCCAAGUGCAUGAUCUUGACCGCAUAAUCCACGAGGAUGAUGAAGACUACGAUGAAACGGACGGUCCGAAUGAGAUGAGGAGAAGGAAGACGCGGUUUUGCUUGUGGUUGUUGUUUACGUUGGUGUUUGCCUUCACCCUCUUCUGUCUCUCUUUGUGGGGCGUUUCCAAAUCUUUCUCACCUAUUGUAACUUUGAAGGAUAUGGUGUUAGAGAGCUUGAACGUGCAGUCCGGGAGCGACCAAUCGGGAGUGCUCACUGAUAUGCUAACCCUAAAUUCAACGGUCAGGAUCUUGUAUAAAAACCCUGCAACGUUCUUCACUGUCCACGUCACCUCCUCUCCCCUCCAGCUCAGCCAUUCCCAGCUCAUCCUCGCCUCCGGUCAGAUGGAAAAGCUCUCUCAACGAAGGCAAAGCGAAAAAAUCAUUGAGACCAAAGUAAUAGGGGAUCAAGUUCCUCUGUACGGAGGCGUACCGGCUCUUUAUGGUCAACGAGCUAAACCGGACCAAGUCGUUUUGCCUCUUAACCUGACCUUCACGUUACGAUCACGAGCCUAUGUGCUCGGCCGAUUGGUCAAGACUAAGUUCCAAUCGAACAUCAGAUGCAGCAUCACUUUCUAUGGCGAUACACUUGGCAAGAGACUUGACCUCUCCAAGAAUUGUUCUGAUCAUUGACCAAUAUGAUUAUUAUAUAUCAUCAGUUCUGAUUUAGAGGGGAUGAAAUUAUUUCAUGAUAUAAUCGGUGAGAUAUACAUGUAAAGAUGUGAAACUGUUUUUUUUUUUUUUUUAAUAUUACAUUUUUCAUUUUCAUA